UGAGAACUCUGCUGCAGGAGCUUUAAUAGUGACAGAGCCGGGAACCUGCACCCACAGCGUCCCCACUAUCACAUCCCAGGGCCCCGUACUCUGACCUGGGGCCCCUCAUCAGCCCCCUGGACUUUACUCUUAAAGGAGCCGCAGACUAGAAAUUAAAUCACAGAGCGUCUGGUGUCCUGGAGGGCUUGCUACCAUUGGAUCAGUGAGAGCCCGGGCUGUGCCCUGCCUGUGCCAGUGGGACCCGCGGAGUCCAGCCUGAGCCGCGCGCUGCGCUCCGCGCCUGCCGACAGACACCCCCACCCCGGCUCCCCAAUGCUGAACAUGAGCGACCAGGAGCAGGCUCCGGAGGGCCCCUGCAGCCCCGCGGGCACCGCCAGCUCCAUGUCCCACGUGUCAGACUCGGACUCCGACUCCCCUCUGUCCCCGGCCGGCUCCGAGGGGUCCCACAGACCCCCGGGCAUCUCCCCGCUCUCCAAGAGCGACCCCGAGGGCCCCAUGGACGAGCGCUUCCCAGCCUGCAUCCGGGAGGCAGUGUCCCAGGUCCUGAAAGGCUAUGACUGGAGCCUGGUGCCCAUGCCAGUCCGGGGGUCAGGAGCCCUUAAAGCCAAACCCCAUGUCAAGAGACCCAUGAAUGCCUUCAUGGUGUGGGCACAGGCUGCAAGGAGGAAGCUGGCAGAUCAGUACCCACACCUCCACAAUGCAGAGCUCAGCAAGACCCUGGGCAAGCUAUGGCGGUAAGUACACCUCUGCCAGGAUGCCACCUACCUACCUAUCCACACCCUUACCAUGACAUUGCAUGUGCUGUGUUUGGGGGGAUCAUUGGUCCUGUGCUGUGCAAACCUAGGUGUUACUUUGUUACCCUCCUAGUCUAAUAAUUGUGAAGGUGAUUACACUCUGUAAUUAGAAGGCUAGCUUUCUCUGGUUUAUAGAAUAGGUACUGAUAAUACAUGAUUGAUUUACUUUUCUGAUACUGACCCUGCCAGACAUGGCUAUUCAUUUGUCCUUGGUAUAACUUUCUGAUAUGUAUUAGAUUAUUAUAUCUGGUUUAAUGCACUGUUAGAUACUUUAUUCUGGUCUCAUGGACUGUUAGAUGAUUACAUUUCUCUUAUUGAAAUAUUCUUCUAUAUGAAAUCACUCAAAAUGUUUAGGUAUUGUCAUACAAUAGGGAAUGGUGAUUUAAUAGAUUCCUUGUUUACUAGAAAAUUUAAAAUUAAAAGAUCUGUUCGCUGUACUAGGAACCAAAAAAGUUUGUUUUUUGUUCUCAUAGUAAAGUAGACUGAUACAAGGUCAUCUUACAGUGUUCUAAUAGGUGAAAAUUAACAAGACUGUAAGAUUCCUAUGCUAUCUAUUAGAGGAGGUGGUAGUAGUUAUUAGUACUGACAAGCAGUCUAGCCAAACUAUGCCCAUCCAGUAAACUCUUACACAGCUGUGUGUUAUGUAUUGUAUAUGCUCAUAGUGUGUUUGCAUAUUAACAUAAUUUCACUCCAGCAAAUAAAUACAUAAAUGGAUAAAGCUAAACAAACCUUUACACAUCAGCGAAUUUAUGACAAAACAUUAAAAUGUAUGUGUGUGUGUAUAUAUAUAAAUAAUUAUAAUUACAUACGCACAUUUUAGAUAUCUGAUAUGCAUACACACCAUAAAUGAUUUAAUGGGUGUAUAAGAAUGAUAUGUAAUUUCUAAAUUGUUGCCCCCUGUAGAGCAAGUUAUGUACAGUCUGCAAAUGUGGUGUGUUCAGUACCCAGGACAUAUGUUCAAAUUACAAAUAUCUAGAUAUAAACCCCUAUUUGUAUAUAUCUAAUUUUAAUAUAUAUAUAUAUAUAUAUAUAUACCCAUAAUUGACAGAUGUAGAGUGUUUUCGGUAAUUCAGUAUUGUGUGUGUGUGUGUGUGUGUGUGUUUGUUAAAAAUAAUCUCAUGUUUAUACAAAUUGCACUGUGGCAGUUUAUUGUAAUAAAUCUAAACUGCCAACAUAUCUGUAAAUUCAUAAAACUUACUGGAACUAUAUUUUCUCUGAAACAAAGAAAUUUGUUCACUGACAAAUUGGGUGAUUAUAUAUAUUUUUUUAAGCCAUACUGACAGCAGUCUUUUUUGUUAGUCACAACUCUCUAUCCUUCCCUUGUUCAUCUUUUGGGUGCCCAGUACCCAGUCUGCCAAUGCACCCGCUGAGUGGCAGGGCUGCCCAUCCAUUGCAGUGUUUUACAGUCUCUUAUUCUUCCAAAGGGUUAAUAUUGAGCUGUGUAAUUGCCAGACAAUACUUAUCUCUCAGUGUAAAACAGGUGCUUAAUGCCACUCCGGGCAGCUGUCAAAUUGUAUCCUGGAGGGAAUGGCUAGCCUAUUGCCCAGCAAUGCUGCAGCCCAAAAACACUUUGCAGGCCAACUUUUCUUGCAAAUCAGACCUAGCUUAGGGCCAAUUAUCUUCCUGCUCCCACAUAGUCAGCCCCCCGAUUCUAUGCCAUAUUCUGACUUAGGGACCGAAAUCUAUAUUACCCCAAAUUAUCUUCCAAAAAUCCAACUUAAAACACUGCUACCACUGCAGAUAUACCUAGAUUGCAAAACACAUAGAAAGUUCCACCAGGGGAUGCCAAUUCAAAAGCAUACAUGCUUAUUACACUUUUUAAAACCCCAGAGACUUAAAUCCUGUGAAAUGUACUUUCAGAGCUUAUUGCAGGUAAAUUUAACAAACAAAAAAACAAAACAGUUCUGACCGACCCUGAUUGACUUUUAGUUUUAUGUUACAUUCAGUCACAGAAGCUGAGGAAGGACCACUAAAGCCUGAAACGUUAUCCCCUAGUGUAUUCCACAGCAUGUAGGCCUCUGUGAAGUGUUGGGAUAUUACACAGCAUGUAAGUGGCGUUGUCCAUUAUACAUCCUAGGUCUCUUGGCUAGAGUAAUUUUUUUUCUAAUUUUCUCUUUAACACUUAUUAGAAAUACAGUUAAGUUCACAGUUCGCAUAUUAAUCUUGGGAUCCUUGGCCCUAAAAGGCAUGGGAAUUUGAUUAUUUUGUUGCUAUGCAUGAGUAGUAUAAUUCUUGUGGAAUUCUGGUGAAAGUGAUUAGAAUUUUGUUCUGCCCCCAUUUAAUGACUAAUCUUUUAUUUACUGUCAGACAGGCUUGUAAGAUUGUGUAACAGGCGUUAGCCUCAUAGAUUGUAAGCUCAUGUUUUCUCUCCCUUAACAAAUUCUUGUUUCUGUUGGAAUUGGCCUGUGAUUUGUCUUCCCAUUGUACUGCACUGCAGAAUAUGUUGGCACCUUAUAAAUAAUUGAACACCGCCAUAGCUUAUAGAUCAAAGCUCACCCAUAUCUCUGGGUAACUGCGCCCAGUACCAUUGGACUGGGCUUGAUCAAUUACGUUCUCUUGCAAUAAUUAUGACUUCCACUGGGCAAGACAUAUGACCCUACAAACCUUACUGGGGAUUUUGAUAUGAUCCCACUCCUCAAUUGGUGCAAAUAAUUUAAGUGCAAACAAUUUGGUGCAAAAUACCCACUUCUGUCAUGUAAUAAAACGCUCAUUUUACAACAUAGGUUUUAGACCAGCUAAAUGCAGAUUCGUUGCCACUUUAAAAAUAAAUGGCUCGGGAUAUGGUUUAUAAGUAGAGAUCCAGGCUGGUGUUCCAGAUCUCUCCAUCUGUCCUCCAGUGGAUCAACUUCAACCUACCUACUGUUUCUGUACAAGUGCAUUAAGGUACAAUAUUGUAAAUUAAAUAUUUAGUAUUGUAAACUGUAGAAGGAGGCUUAUUCGGUGUAAGUGGACAAAAAAAAAAAAUAGGAAAAAUAAAAAAGGAAAAAAUCACAUUACUUAAAUUAUGUAAACUGAUUGACAGCUCACUAAAAUACACAUAAUUGUGCAUAAGAACUAUGAAGUGUUUUUUGGGGUUACCUGGAAGUAAGUGGCGUGUUCAAAUUCUCCUUCACCAGAGUGUUGGCAGCUUUGUGCCUGCAAAUAUUUGCAGUGCCGUUGAAUAUAUUGACGCUAUAUCUUCAACAGCGUACCUCCUAAUUCUUUAACUCUUGUUACAUUAACAUUAUAUGCCGUUUUUUUUGUUUUUUCAUUACAAAUUUCCAGAUUCUGUGUAAUAAAACCAAAUUAAUCCCUACCCCUGCGCUCCAAUAAAUAAAAUAUUAAUCUGAAAUAAUUUGGCCUUCAUUUCGAGAAAUGACUAAUCUUUUCUUUACUGUAGCCGCUAAAAGUUAUUAAACAUUCUGGCAAUCUGACAGAUACAUGGUAUAGGCUUAACAAUAAUAAGUUCUCUUUGCACCCUACAUCUUAACUCUUUCAACGCUAGGUGGUGACUGUUCAAUUGUAAGAAAUACACUGUAAUCUCCCCUGGCGGUUAAGCGGUUAAAUUAAAUUACUCCUCCUUCCACUUAGCAUGACGCACGUCAAGCAAUUUUGUAAAAGAAUAACUAUUAACCUGUAUUUUAACAGGUAUCGGUUUGAAGAAUACAGAGUACCAAAAUGUUAUAAUUAAUUAUAGACUAAUUAAUUGAGCAAUUUAAAAAAAUAUAUAUUUUUUGUUAAGUGUGUAAUUGAGACAGUUUUUGUAUAAAUGUUGAAGACUGGAAUAAAUGUCUUGUAAUUACACUUCUUUGGCACAAAAAUCACAUUCCCUAUUAGAGAAUCCCUAACAAAUAUUUGGAGAAAGUUAUUUAGUGAAUAAGGCUUGGUUAGGUUUUUUGUUUUGUCUUGGUGAUUAUCCACUGUGAUCUUGUGUUUAUUGUGUGCAUUUUUUUUUUUUGUUUGUUUUUCACAAGCGGUUAAAUAGCAAGUAUUUGCCAUUUUACACGAUUUUUGUAGUUGUAGAAAACAUGACUUGGGAAUCGAGUCAAAGGGUUUUUUUGUUUUUUACAAUAAAGAUUUUCAUUUUGGCUUACGUUAAAUAAAAUUGGUUCCAAUUUUUAAUCACGGCGCUAAGUAGAAUUUAUUUUCCCCUUACAUGGGUAGUGAACAGGUUAAAAUCUAAAAAAAAAUAUUAGAUUUUGAAAUGAGUGACCUUUAAAAACAGUCCUCCCAAAAAAAAGAUAAUUAAAAAAUAAAUAAAUAAAUAGAAAGAAAAUCAUCAUCAUAAAAAAUAAAUGUGGUAGGUGUCUGUUGCUUUAGUGAGUUAUUAAAUACAGAAUUGUAACUAGGAAAACUCUCCAAUCUGAAUUGGAAAAUAAUUUUUUUAACUGUAAUCUCUUGACUAAUUGUGUAAGUGGGUUUACAACUUGCUUUUUACUCGGACGACAGUCUUAACCCCUUAAGGACACAUGACGGAACUAUUCCGUCAUGAUUCCCUUUUUAUUAAGUUGUGUCCUUAAGGGGUUAAUGUGGCUUUUUUUUUUUUUUCUUCAACAAACACAAAAUAUCUGGAUAGUUGUGGCCCAGGAUACCCACAGCGGCUUGACAACCAUUUAAACAAACCUAGCGAUUAGGACUUUUAGGUGUUAGGUUUUUUUGUGUGUGCAAGGUUUAACCUAUUACUAUAAUUACUCUUAAACGUUUUAAUUACUUAUUUUAAAUUUUACAGUCUUUCUUAUUCUUUUUUGCAAAUAUUUUGUGUGUGUAUGCGUAAAUAAUAAUUUAUCAUCCUUCGCAUUGUAACUUCACAAACCUACACUUAACACUGACACAGGAUAUAAAGAGUUAAACCAGAAUUUGUGCCUUUCUUAUACCCAUAAGACACAGACCAUCUUCCCCUUCUGAAUCUAUAUUUCAAUACUCAUUUGCACUGUUUAAAUUAAAGAAGUACUUUUUUCCUCCACCCCCGUUUUAAAACUUCAAGGGAAUAUCAUGUAUGCAGUAAAGAAGAAUAAACUGGGAAACAGAAUUUCUUCGUAUUUGUUUCACUGCUAUUUAAAUUUAUAAUUUAUUUUAUUUUUGACCUACAGUGAUGCACAAAAACAACUCAUAUUGAGAAUUAUAGGACAUAAGGAAAGCCAAAAUCAAUUAUUUUAUUUCAUUGCGAGAAAAAAAAAAUAAUUACUUUUUAUGUGGUGGACAAAAAGGAACCCUUUUAUAAUUUUUGUAAUCUUUUUUUUAAAUAUGCAAAGACUCAAAGUACAAGAAAUAAAAUGUAAAAAUUGCUGCCAGGUUUGGCAGUGUAAUAAGAUACAAUGCCGGCACUGUUUAGACUUAUCGCUCUGUACAGAUAUUUCAAAUGUUGUCUGUGGCAGUCAGUCAGCAAAGAUCACUUGAAAAGUUAUUAUCCCCAGUGAUUGCAUAAAGAGAAAUUAAACUCCUUUGUAACUAGAGUUGCAUCUUUAAGCUUAAACCAUUGAGAAAAUGAUUCCUUACUUUAGGAAUGUUGGAUUCGGGAAGUUGAUAAUCCCCAAAUCCUAGAAUUUUAUUGCAGAGGUCUUCCUGAACUGUCUCCCACAGGCAGCUGACCAGAGAUUGGAUAGUAAGUGACUUUAGAUCACAUUACAGUUGGUAAUAGGAAUUGGUAAACUUUAUUUUUGAGACAUAAAAUUGGUGCAUUUUAACCUUUUAAUAAUAAUUUUUUAAAAAUCACUUAACUUUUUUUUUAUUUAUUUAUUUUUUUUUUGCUACCUACCUUAAUUAAACUCUGUAUUUUGCAUAAUAACUGGGAUGAACAUAGGACAAUUGUUAGUUUGCAUCCUUGGCCAAGUAUUCUUCUCUGCAAAGCAAUCACCUGGUUAUGUGUUCGUUUUAAAUUGCCAGCUGGCUCAUCCAAAUCUUUUCUUCACCUACAGCUUACUGAGCGAAAACGAGAAACGACCCUUUGUAGAAGAAGCCGAGAGACUGCGAGUACAGCACAAGAAAGACCAUCCUGAUUACAAGUACCAACCACGCAGGAGAAAGAGUGUCAAAGCUGGCCAGAGCGACUCUGACUCUGGGGCAGAGCUCAGCCAUCAGAUGUACAAAACCGAUUCAGGGAUGGGCGCUAUGGGAGAUCUUCACGGGGAACAUACAGGUACUAAUUGUACUACAGCUGGGGUGGAGAGCAGUUACUGUUCAGAAACAUUGGGACAGACGCAACUCGCUAUCCCUUGUAAUUAAGAUAAUCUUUUAUUUUUUUUAGAAUUUUAAGAAAUUCUAGAACCCAUUUUUUUUUUUUAAGGCUUUAUACAAAAUCUAGCUUAAAUUUAAUGCAGUUGCUAUUGUCUGAUACAUGUCUUGCAUAAAUAAGCCCAACCUUGAAUUGUUUACCUUAUUUCUCUCCUAGUUUAGCUUAGUUUAUCCAUAUUCAGAAUCUGAUAUGGUCAGAAAAAAAUAAUCCUGCCAUAAUUAUAAAAUCAGGAUACCUGCUAGCAAACUUCUUCGGUCGUUAUUCAUAUGAAAAACUGCCUGCUCAUGAAGAUAAGGCCAUCAGAUGUUUACAUUUUGAACACAUUUUGCUCUAUGCUACACUUUUUGCAGAACCAUCCUACCCUCAACUAAAACAGAUGCUCUAUAGUCAGAAAAUGUAUAAACACAGGAACUGGUGGAAUCAUUUUUUUUUUUUUUUUUAAUGUAUAACAAUUAUACUAGAUAUUUUAUACACGUAAGCGAUUAUGAAAAAUAAAUAGAGCUUUGUGGCAAUUUACUGAAGAUUUUGAGCCCAGCAGAUGGUAUUGGGCUAAAGCCGAGGUGUUUGAAAGUUGUUGCAAAUUAGCUGUCAAGGCUCUGAAUUUAGAAUUCUACAUUUAAUAUGAUCAACAAUAGAUUAAAUGAAAGUUAAACUUUUUCCCUACAAUGUGAAUCGGAAGGCAGAUAUAGUUAGAUUUUAGUUUCUGCUAUGUAACACACAAUAUAUCAACCAGCCAAAAAAGAGACAUUCAUCUGUUAGGUGGUGUGGCUUGAGAUGUUGUCGUUUUACAAGCUAGUAACAGGAAUGAGCAGGACUAAAGAAUAUUGUUGACACAAACUAAUAUAAAAAGAUUUGGUAGUGUUUAAGAUGCAUUACUCUGAGCUAUGUCCGUUGUGAUGCACAUUGUUGUGGAGCUCUGUGACUCACUUAUACAUGCUGUACAUUAAUGAGUUAUUCCGUUGGAGCUCUAUGCUACACUAAUACACUCUGCACAGUACUGCUUGCUGUGGAGCUCUGUGAUACACUCAUACACUGCACAUUACUGUGUUUUUGCCAUCAAUAUGCUAUUAUGUCCCAAGCAAUGAUGCGUUUAGUAACAUACCAAAAACUUGAAAUAUCAUCAAAUUCUAACGUUUAAUUCUAUAAUGGUGUUUUUUAAAGCUUGGUAUCCUAGUAGUUGGGUAAUAGUAAUUGUCAACACCAAUUGUGACCAUUAUGAACUCUUUCAAUUAAAUUAAUUUUUCUCCUUUUAAGGUCAAACUCAUGGACCUCCAACUCCACCAACUACACCUAAAACCGACCUGCACCAUGGCAGCAAGCAGGAACUGAAGCAUGAAGGAAGAAGAAUGAUGGAUAAUGGACGACAAAACAUUGAUUUCAGCAAUGUGGACAUCAAUGAACUAAGUAGUGAUGUCAUAAACAACAUAGAGGCGUUUGACGUGCAUGAAUUUGACCAGUACUUGCCACUCAAUGGUCAUGGGGCUAUUCCAGCUGACCAUGGUCAGAAUCCCGCAGCAGCACCCUACGCCACGACCUAUACCCAUCCAGCUUCGAACACACAAGCUACUGUAUGGUCCCAUAAGAAUCCUUCUUCUGCUUCCUCUUCCAAUGAAUCUGGACAGCAGAGGCCUCACAUCAAGACCGAGCAGUUAAGUCCGAGCCAUUACAGUGACCAGUCCCACGGGUCACCAACUCAUUCUGACUACAACACCUACACUGCUCAGGCUUGUGCCACUACUGUGCCUAGUGCCUCAGUGACCAGCUCUUUCCCUAGUUCCCAGUGUGACUACCCAGACCUCCCAAGCUCCAACUAUUAUAACCCAUAUUCCGGGUAUCCAUCCAGCCUUUACCAGUAUCCAUAUUUCCAUUCAUCUCGACGCCCAUAUGCCACCCCAAUCCUUAACAGCUUGUCAAUUCCACCAUCUCACAGCCCCAAUUCCAACUGGGACCAGCCAGUGUACACAACACUAACUAGACCUUAAGAGUGUUACUUCCUUGAACUGAGGACAAAAUGCCAUAUUAAUGUCUCUGGUCUUCCAGCAAGACAUGCACUAUAGACUGACCAAGUCGUUAGGAGGCGCAGUGCCAGAUUAUUCCAAGUGCCUGCUGAUAAAAUGAGGAAGUGCUCCUGUAUCAGAAGGGGGCCGUGAGCUUCCAUACUCUUCCACAAAAGAAAAACUAAAAACUUUGCUCUUUGCUCUUUUCUUUAUUUUUUUUAUUUUUAUGGACCGUAACAUAUAAGAUGAAGGAUGGGCUUCUGGUUUCCAUAUGAGGACUUUGUGUCUCUGGGAAAACUUGGUGGUGCCAAGUUUACUGCAGUGUACGAUACCGACCAACCAUUAGGAUGUACUUUGACCAAUUAACCCAGCUCUAACCCAUCAUUUAUGGUGUAGGUGAAAAGCAUCGGGGACAGUGCUGGGAAAAUACAGUGGUCCUUUUAGGACAGUCAACUACUUAUUUCCUUUGGUAGCAUGGUGUGUUUGAAGGCAUUAUUCAAUGUUUAUCAUUAUACUGCCGAAUGUGUGAGUGCCACGUCUGCUAGACUUGUAUCAUCACGAACGCUCUUAUUGUCAGACUGGGCUUCCGGUGCAUUGUCUGUCAGUCCAACUGUAACGGGACUUUAGAAAGAGGGCACCAAACAUCCUGGCUCUUUUUUUUUUUUCUGUCUCAGGCUUUAGUGAUUUACAAAGUGACCAUUUCAGUGGAAAAUAUUUUGUAAGAAAUUUUUUGGCUGUAAUUAACAUUUUAUUUUUUGUUUUUUUUAAUAUUUUUGUUUUCAAACAUUCUUAUAGUUCUGAGAUCUGUUAAAUAUAUAUAAAAUAUUUAUGUGCUUAUUAUAAGUGAUUAAUUACUUUUAUUUGUGAAGAAAAACUUGGAAUAGCACAAGAACAGUCAUGUUUAAUUUGUAAUUAACAGAGGUGGGGGACAACCUGUCAUUGGAUUAGGAUAGAGAGUUAAAAAAAAAAAAAAUCUUUUAAAAGGAUAUCCUAAAAAAAAUUACAAAUAUUUGAAUCUGUUGCAAUUCAACAUAAACUUUAUUAGCAAUGACGUGACUUUAUGGUUGGACAAUUUCCCAUAAUAGCGUAUCUAAAAUAUAUUUUUUACUAUAAUCCGUUUUAAGUAAAGUAAUCAAAGGCUGCCAUUUUGGGAAAUGAUUGUCCCCCCGAUUGCUAAAACACUAAACCCUCACCUCGAUAUUUGAUAGAUUUGUAACUAAUAGCAGAUGUUUUUAGCUUUUUCAUGUUUUGUCACUCCUUAUCAUUGUAUGCUGAGCAUAUAAUAUCUUCUAUUUUUAUUAAGUCGUGCCUUUUAAAAUAGAAACUGAAAAAAAAAAGAAUUGUACAUUUGAAACACAGUUUUAGAAAAUUUUAUUUUUGUUUCUAAAUUUCUUACUCUUUCUAAAUUGACUCUCCAUUCCGAUAUUUCUUGUUGCGCAUUUAAGAUAAAUCCUAUUUUUUGUUCCAGGUGUGAGAUUAGAUGUGUAACAUGCAGCUGUCUGUUUCUCCAUUAAGCUAAGCUAACUUUUGUAUAUUCUAUCUUUUUUGAAAAAAUUAAAAUGGCUUUUUAUCAAAA